GCGAGGGCGCAAAGAAAUAUGUGCCCUCCAUGCGAAGCGUCCGGAGACUGUGGCGGGGGCGCCAGCGGCGGCGCUGGAUUGAAGCGGAAUCUAGAGCGCCGCGGGGCAGCGCCAGAGGAAUUGGUCCCAGCAGGUUCUCUUCCAAGUCGGUUUGCGAGGAUGGAUCGAAAAGUGGCGAUCAUGGGUGUGAGGCCGACAGCUCGCUACAGGCGAUCUAGCGCUGGGGCUGGAGCAUCGGGCUCGGCUCAAUCGCCGAUUGUUUUAGGGGGUGGGGCUGGCCUCGCAGCAGGGCCGGAGAUUAUCGAUCUGGAAGCCGAGGUUGGUUCCCCAGGGAUAGGAGGAGCUUCUCAUUCUUUCCUUGACGGGGAGGGUUCUAGUCAACCUUUGCCGAAGCGACAAAGGAGCUUGAGGGCUGAUGGCUCUCCAGCUGGCUCUCCAGCUGCUGUAACUCUUGCGGCUGGAAGACUUGGAAGAGGAAGAGCUCAUGGAGCAGCAACUUGGGGUAGAGGACCAAGGCAGUUUCAAGCACCGGGUGAUAGAGGUGUGGUGAGGCCGAUUGAUGUGGAUAGUGUUGUGGAGGUGGAGGCGCGAGCUUUACAGGUGAGUGAAGACGAGAGGCUUGCGAGAGAGCUGCAAGAGGAGUUCUCCACUGCCGGGCAGAGAGAUGCUAAUUUGGCUAGGAGUUUGCAAGAGCAAGAACAGCGCCAGCAGCUUCGUCACGCUAUGGGCCAUGGAAAUGCUGAGCGGUUGUAUUACAGGCGGCUUGAAUCGGUGCAUGCGAGGAUCCAGCAGGCGUUGGAGAACAGGCAGCGUAGCGGACUGCCAGGCAGAUUCCGCGGUUUAGAAGAGCGCUUGAAUGAAUUUGGAGCUAUGCUGCGUAGGAGUAUACCCCUUGCCAUGCAAUUGGCUUAUGUUGACCGCGACUUCAACGAGAAUGAUUACGAAACACUUUUAGCUUUGGACGAAGGUGUAAAACAGCGGGGAGCUUCUCAGGCCCGGAUUGACGCUCUUCCAGUUUCGGAGGCAGUGGAAACGGAUAAAAGCGAGCCAUGCUCGAUUUGCCUCGAGGUUCCAGUAGGCGGAGAGGAGAUCCGCCGCCUCCCAUGCUUGCAUGGCUUCCAUAAAGAGUGCAUUGAUACUUGGCUCCAACGGCGUGCAAACUGUCCGGUGUGUAAGGCUUCGGUCUAAAGUCCCAAAUCUCGUCCAUGGCCAAGGCAGUGAAAGGAGACAAGCAAUGCACAGGUAGCGGCCUUCGCUUCCGUAUGUACUCGCAUUCAAGUGGAAAAGAAGCUCGAGAAUUUCUACUUCUUGGGCUUUGGAUCGUCCGCUGGAUGGAAGUGGUUUCCUCUCAAAUCGAGCUUGCGAGAGUACAAACUAGAGAAGGAGCAGUAAAAGAGCCUGUGAGAGGUACGCGAUUGGAUUCAAAGCUCCUACACUCAUAGAUCUUCUCCUUGGAGAAAAAAAAAAUACAAAGGUUGAUCUUUCGAACUGACUGCUAGUACUUCGUACGUAGGGAGUUCAUGCACUUUGCGAUGUAUUUUGACUUGGCUUUUACGGUUUUUACCUGUGGUUGUUACCGAAGGUAAAGUGUGCAUUACCGUUCGUACAGUUUACUGUAUCGUACGGGAAUGAUUAAGAAUGAUGAAGCCCUAGUCUUCGUCC